ACAUGUAUUUUCUCUCUCCACAGGGUGAAGUUGAAAGAAGGAGUGACGUUUCUCGGGGCUCGUCCCAGUAAUCCCACUCAGUGGAUGGUGAGCCAGGAUGUGAGGAGCGAAGGCCACCGAGUGGUGACUCUUCACUGCCGCAGGAAGGAGUCGGGCUACGAUCAGCAAAGGUCUGAAAUGGGAGUUCAGAGGGUGCUCCAGGUGGAUCUGAAAAUGGAAAGCUUUCCGGAGCCGCUGGGCAGCCGCUGGAUGGCCUGGCAGGUGGAGUACCCGUCCAGUCGUGCCGCCACACAAGAGGUUGAGACGGAGAUCAAGCUGGCGCAGGAGGACCUGGCGGGCAUCGUGCCACUGGCCAUGGACUCUGAGAUUUUGAACACGGCGGUGCUGACCGGGAAGACAGUGGCUGUGCCAGUGAAGGUGGUGACCGUUGGAAUAGACGCUUCUGUUACUGACAUCUCGGAAGCAGUCAAGUGUAGCUCUACAGACGAAGAUGUGGUCAAGGUGUCGGACAGGUGCGACUAUGUUUUUGUUAACGGCAAGGAGAUGAAGGGCAAGGUGAAGAUGAUGGUGAACUUCACCUACGGAUACCUGAGCUCUCAACUGGAGCUCAACGUGUGGAUCCCUCGACUCCCCCUCCAGAUUGAAGUGUCAGACACCGAGCUGAGCCAGAUCAAAGGGUGGAGAGUACCCGUCAUGGCCACCAGUCAGAGGUCCACACGGGACAGCGAGGACGAGGAUGAUGAGGACAGACGUGGACGAAGCUGCACUCUUCAGUACCAGCACGCCAUUGUCAGGGUCCUGACACAUUUUGUGGCUGAGUCAGCAGAUCCCCGAGACCAGACCAGCUUCCUGCUGGGCACUGAUUGGCAGGUGGACAUCACAGAGCUGGUGUGGGACUUCCUGAAGGUGGAGGACCCCCAAAUUGCAAAGAUACUGGACAGGAGGAUACUGGUGGGGCUGGACAUGGGGAUGACCACUAUCCAGGUGUUGUCUCCUCUAUCUGACUCCAUCCUGGCAGAGAAGACUGUCACAGUGGUGGAUGACAAAGUGACCAUCACAGAGUUGGGGGUGCAGCUGGUGACGGGCCUCUCUAUGAGUCUGCAGCUCAGUACAGGAAGCAACAGAGCCAUCCUGGCUACCACCACAACACAGGAGAUCCUGCAGAGCCCCAAACAGGAAGCCUUGAUCAGCGCCUGGCUACAGUUUAGUGAUGGCUCUGUGGCUCCUCUUGACCUGUAUAAUCCAGACUUUUUUGUCCUGACGGCCACCUCCCUCGAUGAAGACAUUGUGACAGUGCAGCAGAACCCCUCGUGGAAAUGGCCUGUCAUAGUGACGGAGGCGGAGGGCCAAGGCCUGCUGGUCAGGGUGGAAAUGACUGUUUGCGAAACCUGUCAGAAGUUUAAGCGCCGCAGCAUCCUGGCCGCGGGUAACUGUAACGUCAGAGUGAAGUUUGGUCGGAGUGACAGCGCGAGGGGAAGGGGCAGCGACUACAGCCCUGAUGUAGACGAUAUGGAGAACAGAGGCAGGCUCUCCCCCUCCCAGGACAGGACCGGCCCUAUCACACACUACUAUGGCAGCUCCAUCUCUGACAUGGAGGAUGGGGUGUUAAGGAGAGCCACUACCACUAGAAGUGCCAUAUUGCACAGACCAAAUGGGGAUAAACGUUCAGAUGAUGGUAGCCAGAACAUGCCAAUUGACUUUGCCGACUUCCCUGCACAAGUGGACCUGCCCCGUGGCCGCAAUAUGGAUGAUGACCUUAUUCAGACCGCUCGUGGACUUACAGAUCUGGAGAUUGGCAUGUAUGCCCUGCUGGGGGUCUUCUGCCUCGCCAUCCUGGUUUUUCUCAUCAACUGCAUCUCCUAUACGCUGAAAUACCGCCACAAGGAGCUUUCGAUUGAAGGCCAGGAGAACAUGAACCAUGCUCAUGAUUGGGUAUGGCUUGGCAACGAGGCAGAGCUGCUCGAGAGCCAGAUCAGCCUGUCGCCCCAGCAGGAGGAACAGACCUCUAUGAUAGACUCCAGCAGCGGGCUGGAGGAAGGAAGCCACCUGCUGAACGGAGGGUCGGCCCAGAAGAAUGUGCAGGGCCAAGUGCACCGGGGAGCAGAUACAGGGUGCACAGUCAAGGACAGUAAAGGAGACUCCCCCACCACCAAGAGGAAGAGAGUCAAGUUCACCACGUUCACCACCAUCCCCUCGGACAGUAGCUACCCCACUGUUAACACACUGACUGGGAGCCACUGCCAGGACAUUAAGUGGGUGUGCCAAGAUGUGGAGCUGGGAGACUCCAAGGAGUUGCGCAAUUACAUGGAAAGAGGACAGUGGGUCUGGACUGAAACCGGAACCGGAAAUUGACGUCAAAAUCAUCCCAAACUGCCAAAGGGUCAUUAUAUUAAAGAGGAUUGUGGUGAUUCCACAAGUGACUGAUGAUGAAUCAUUUAUGGAAGAAAAAAAAAGUCAAUGAAAGAGGACGUUACGUGAUUCUUUUGUUCCUUUGUUAAUCAGAUGAUUAGCUUUUGAUCGUUAAUUUUAAUACUACAGGGUUUAGAUAGAAUGAACCCAUGACUAGCAGCAACUACGACGUGUACAAUUCAGACGACAUGUAGAUUUUAAAACAAACCGUAAGAUGGCUAGAUAGAUGUUCCGGAUGUGUGUGCACAUUAAAUGGUUUUGGAAGUUUUGUAACAUUUUGGAUUUUAAUUUCUUACGUCAGAUCAUUCAUCUGUGGAAGACUUCUGUAAAGGCCAAAGCAAGCGAUGAGACAUUUCUGCAUGUAGAUGGAAAAAAAAAGGCACAACUUUCUGGUUCAUUCUCAUUCUCCUUAACACAGCAGAAAACCUGUUCUGUAUAUACCAAACAUUCUCCAAAGCAUUGUAUUGUUGCUCUGUAUAUUGUAUUUUCAUAACAUUUAAGAAAUACACAACUAUGUCAAGAGUGUGUAUCAGCUUUUCUUGACCACAGCAUCAAGUACUGAGGUCAGCCGAGGAUUGUGGUGGAUGAAAAGAAACCAAUUACACAUUCAUGUUUGUAUAAAAAGUAUUUAAAGAGAUGCAAUUCACCAACAAGGCAUUGCCAUCUGCUCCCUUUAAUGCUGGCCGAGGAGAAGAAAGGCACUGGUCAUUAAUACUCUCAUCUCGUCUAUUAGAACUCGUG